GUUGCAUAAAAGAUAACGCAUCUCGCUCACGAAGGUCAGUCAAUGGUUGGAAGGCGAUUGUGUACGUCUGUGGAGAACGUUAUAGACCCUCUCACUGAAAGUUGCUCGGAUUUCUUCACUAAAACCGCAAGAUCUUAUUUCGUAAGAACGUGAAAGAGACUGGCAAACCGAUAUGCUGCGCCUAAUCUUGGUAGCGGCAAUCGUAAGUUUAGCGGCGUCUAAGCCAGAGGGUCCGGUAGAUCCCGUCGAAGAUUCGCAGGCUGCUGCGGAACUAUUGGAGAAUGCUCAGGCUGUCCUGAACCGUAUUGACGCGGAAUAUGCAAAAUGGAGCAACAAAAGGACCCUUGCUGAAUGGAAUUAUGCGUCAAACCUCACGGAUGAGAACCUGGCGGAGAAGAUAAACGUAUCCACGGCAGCUGCGCGUGUCAUGAAGCAGAUCGCUGAAGAAGUGAAUGCUUUUCCUUGGAAGAAUUUAGAAGACGAGAAUCUCAAAAGGCAGUUCAGCAAACUCGGUAUACUCGGCGUCGCCGCGCUUCCUGAAAAUAGUUACAAGGAAUUCGAAUCGACCAUCAGUCAGAUGGAGAAUAUUUACAGUACUGCGAAGAUCUGCGACUACAAGAAUAGGAGCAGGUGCGAUCUCGCGCUUGAGCCGGAAAUCACUGAAAUCUUGAUGCACAGCCGCGAUCCCGAGGAGUUGAAACACAUCUGGGUGGAGUGGAGGAAAGCUUCGGGUGAGCAGGUAAAAUCUCUGUAUCCCAAAUACGUCGAGUUGGCCAACACCGCAGCAAGGCUCAACAACUUUUCCGACUACGCGGCCUACUGGAUGAAGGAUUACGAGGCCGAUGACUUCCCCGAACAAAUCGAGACUCUUUGGCAACAAUUAAAACCGUUGUAUCUGCAACUGCACGCUUAUGUCCGGCACGAACUCAGAAAGAAAUAUGGGGAGAGCAUUGUUUCCAAGGAUGGCCCGAUUCCAGCACAUUUAUUGGGCAACGCGUGGGCUCAGACCUGGUCGAAUAUCGCGGAAUUCACCGUACCAUUUCCUGGCAAACAGUUGCCGGAUGUUAGCGACGCUUUAGUCGAGCAAGGUUACAAUGCGACAAGCAUAUUCCGACUUGCUGAGAACUUUUUCAAAUCGAUCAAUCUAUCCGCUAUGCCAGACACAUUCUGGGAAAAGUCAAUCCUGUUGAAGCAGAAGGACACGAACAUGAUCUGCCACGCGAGUGCGUGGGACUUUUAUGAUGGCAAAGAUUUCAGGAUCAAGCAAUGCACGCGCAUUAACAUGGAGGACUUAUUAACGGCGCAUCAUGAAAUGGGUCACGUCGAGUAUUAUUUGCAAUACAAGCAUCAGCCCACUGUCUUCAAGGAGGGCGCAAAUCCAGGCUUUCACGAGGCGGUCGGCGACGUCAUCUCUCUCAGUGCGUCCAUCCCCAGUCAUCUCAAGAAAAUCGGACUCUUGAAGGACGACUCAACUGACCGAGAAGCAUUGCUGAAUCAUCUCUACGUGAAGAGUCUUGAAAAGAUUGUAUUCUUGCCGUUCGCCUACAUGAUGGAUCGAUGGCGUUGGGAUGUAUUCCAAGGAAAAGUGACGCCCGACAAUUACAACUGCAAUUGGUGGUCGCUUGCAGAGGAGUAUCAAGGCAUUGAACCACCAGUGGAUAGAUCAGAAGAGGACUUCGAUCCCGGUUCAAAAUAUCACAUAAUCGCAGACGUUGAGUAUAUAAGAUACUAUGUAAGUUUCGUGAUACAAUUCCAAUUCCAUAAAGCCCUGUGCACCAAGGCGAAGCAAUAUGAUCCGAAAAAUCCGAGUGCCAAUCCAUUGCAUCAAUGUGAUAUUUACGAUAACAAGGAUGCCGGAAACCUGCUAAAAUCUAUGCUGGAGUUGGGUUCUUCAAAACCAUGGCCAGAUGCAAUGGAAAAGAUCGCAGGUCAAAGACAAAUGGAUUCUGCUGGACUUUUGGAAUAUUUCAAACCUUUGACCGAUUGGCUGACUGAAGAAAAUAAGAGAACUAAUGAAUAUAUUGGAUGGAAAUCAAGUAAUAGAAAAUGCGUACAGACGAGAGAAGAGCUUAGAAACAACGAUCCUUCUGAGUAAUACAUUUCCUCCAUGGAUAUAGAAAAAUAAAAUUAUAUUUUGAAAUAAGUGAGAGCAGGGAACAUAAGACUUUGUAAAGUCAUUGCAUUUCAAUGCACAAUAAAUUUAACAAGUGAAAUAUAAAAAUCAUUCCAUAUUCAUUCACAUAUAAGUGUCGUUGCGAUUGAUAUGAUUAAGCAAACAAACGAAUAUUAACAAUAAUCAAUUCUGUGUUUCCACA